UACGAUCCUCACGACGGCCCCUGUUGCACUGUCCAGACGUUCCUCCCUGACCUCAACUCGCCACCACACUCUUCCUGGAACACAUCCGUCAUCGAAGUGUUCGUGGAACACUUCAUGCAGCUUCAUCCUCGUGCGCCGCAAGAUCGAGUAGAAGAACUGUUCAGCGGCCAUCUCAAGUACCUGUGCACCAGGUGGCAAAACACGACGAUGGAUCCGAAGAAGGUUAAGAGCAGACAGAGCCUCCUCAACAGGGCAGAGCGUCAGCGCAACCUCUAUUACCGCCGCCUCCAGGUUGCCCACGCCUAUGCUCCCCUUCGGCGUCAUAUCCCCAUGCUGAUGGCCCUUGGCCCGAAAGGCAUGAGCUCUGACGAGUCCGACCACAAGAAAGGAUUCGCGCAGUACGGGGUCUUCAAGAAGGAAUGGCGAAACCCGCUGAUCACCGCAUGGCUGCGAGUCUUCGACAGCCUCUACCGCCGUCUUCGCCUGAACGAUGUGGACAAGAACAGCCCCGGCUCACAACCUCACAGCCGUUUCUACUCGGUUAAGACGUCCAAACGGCGUCCUCCCGUCAAGGGUCUUCCCAAGAACGCGUAC